CCCUGGCGCUUGCCGUCUCUUCUCUCUAGCUGAAGAUAACCGGAAGCAGUGCCGUUGCACCUCCGAACCUGCAGCGCGGACGAGCAAUGGAAUUCUCGGAGGGGAAGUUGCGGAAGUGGCUGAGCAAGUAUAAAUUCCGAGAUCUGACCAUAGAAGAACUGAAGCAUAUAAAUGAGUUGUAUCCUGACAUCAGGUUCACCAUGAGCACCUACACUUUUAAGGAUGGAUCCCAGAAAGACCUUCUGAACUUUAGUAGUACUGUUCCAGUAAAAUAUCAGGGUAACACUUAUAAUAUUCCAAUUUGCAUAUGGAUUUUAGAUUCUUAUCCUUUUACUCCACCAAUUUGUUUUCUGAAGCCUACUGCUAACAUGGGAAUUUCUGUAGGAAAACAUGUAGAUGUCCAUGGAAGGAUUUACUUGCCCUAUCUACAAGCCUGGAGCCAUCCACAGUCAAUAAUUAUAGGGUUGUUAAAGGAAAUGAGCACAAAAUUUGAAGAGGAACUUCCCUUGUAUGCAUUAUCAUCUUCUGAUAAAGCCAGACAGAUGGACCUGCUUUCUUAUAUCACAAAAAUUGUUGAAGGUGAAAACAAUGGACAAUCAAAGGGAGAAGAAAAGAAAAAUGAUGGAGGAUUACACAAAGUUACAGUAGUUGGGGCUGGAGAUCUGGGCCUUGCUUGUAUCCUGGCUAUUUCAGCAAAGGAUGUUGCUGACAAGGUGGUUGUCUUGGACUGCUCAGAAGCUACAGUGAAAGGAGGAACAAUGGACCUGGAAAUCUUUGCCUUGCCAAAGGUGGAAAUUAGUCGAGAUUUUUCUGCCUCAGCGGAUUCAGAAUUGGUGGUGCUUACAGUUAAUUCUUUGGGCAAUGCUCAGUCCUAUCUGGAUGUUGUACAGAGCAAUGUGGAAUUGUUCAGAGGCAUUAUUCCAUCAAUAGCUCAUUACAGUCAACACAGUGUGCUGCUUAUUGCCUCUCAACCAGUAGAAAUAAUGACCUACGUGUCAUGGAAGAUGAGUGGAUUUCCUAAAAGCAGAGUUAUCGGAAUUGGUUGUAAUUUGGAUUCAGCAAGAUUCCAGUAUGUUAUUACGAAUCUGUUGAAAGCCCAAACCAGAGGUAAAGACAAUUGGAUUAUUGGUGAACAAGGAGGAAACAAAGUGGCAGCAUGGAGUUCUUUUAAUUCAGCAAUUAAUCAUCCUGGUGAUAAGUUAACAAAUCCUAAUGAUCAACAGAUGGUGACUAACAGAGCCAUGGAAAUUCUGAAAGGAAAAGGCCAAAGGUCUUGGUCUGUUGGUCUGUCAAUAGCUGAUCUGACUGACACUAUAUUGAAUGAUAAAAGGAAAAUACAUUCUGUAUCAGCCAUAGUGAAGGGGUGUUAUAAUAUAAACUGUGAAGUAUUUUUAAGUAUGCCUUGUGUGCUUGGAAUCAAUGGCGUAAUUGAAAUAAUCAAGCCUGUAGAUGAGGAUCAUGUAGUUGAAAAACUACAAACCAGUGCUGCAUCCAUUAAUGACCUUCAACAGCAACUGAAACUCUGACUACCAUGGAACCAUAGAUUUUUGUCCUUAAAAUAUUUGAGAGUUGCAGAAAAGGUAUUAAUGACUAACUGGGUCCAACAACAAAUUCUCACGUGCAGAAACAUUUCUGAAUAUUACUAUAUGGUAAUUAAAGUUAGACAAAGACAUUUGGCUUAAGGAAGCUAUUACUGUUUGGCCAUGGUCUUGCAUGUAAGAUGUUUCCUACACUAAUCAUGAACUACUUUUUUGGCUUUUCCUCAUCAUGCUGUGCCCUUCACUACUACCACUCAACUUUCUUCUCAAAAGUGAGUUUUUAUUUUAAUCAAAGGUGUUAGGUUUUUGCAGUCAGAGGUGAUAGAUCAUUAUCUCCAAUAUACUAUUGACUGUAUACGGAUCAUAUACAAUUCUUAGAAAGAACCAGCAGCAGUUUUGUAUAAAAUCAGUGUUCACGAUUCAACUGAUAUUUAACUGCUUUUUUAAAAAAAUGUUUACACUACCAAGUCAAUCAUCUGACGCUGAAGUUUGGCCGUAUUGCACAAGUAUUACUUUAGGCUCAAUAUAAAAAUUGAGCGUUCUGUAUAGAUUCUAAAGAUUUAGGAAGAAGUCUUGGACAAACAGCAUUAAAAAAUGUUAGCAUAUUACAUUGCUGCUAUCAAGGUAAGUUGUAUGUAAUUAUGCUGGUAUUCUCUAAAUGGACAUCGACCACCAAGACCCAGAGGAUUCUCUCUGUUUUAGGCAUAUGAAGUGUUUUGCUUUGUCCUCCUGUCCAUCCCAUCCUAAAGUUCAGGAGGACCUACCAAAGUAAUCUUUUUCUUGAAGCUGGAUCCAUGCUCCUGGAAAAGGACAGGAGCAACAUAUAAAUGCACUAUUCAUUAUUAUGCAGUAGUAAGUUUUAAUAUGUUUGGCUGAUUAGUUCUAAUACUGCACUAAGCUUUUAGCAGUACAAAAAAGUAAGGGAGCAGAUCUCCCACCACUCUCCCUGUGAUCUGAAUUCUGUGUGGCAAUUCACACACAUAUUGUAAGAAAAAAAAAACUGAUAAAAAUUUUGUAAACUCAUCAGCCAAGGAGCAGGGAAAAAAACUGUGCAAGAAACUGAAAGGAACAAGAAGGAUAACAUCAAGAACAUCAAGGAUUUGCUACACUAUAUUUGAUAAAAUGUCUAUUGUGUAAUUAUGUAUGCCUAUAAUGAUUUUUGCUAUUUUUCUUUAGACUAUGUUUCUAAGAAUUACAGUAUGGAAAAAAUUGUUAAUGAGAUAUUAAUAAAGCUAAUUGUAUCUGA